AUGCCAGCCUCAUCUCACGUUAUCAACUGGACGGACAAAACAGUUUUCCGUGACAAUAUCCUUGUCAUGGAAGUUGAAAAUCUCCUCAAUGGUUGGCCGACAUAUGAGAUCAAUUUUACACCACAAAACCCAGGACCGUUGAAACUGCUCAUUCGCCUCAAAGAUGCUGUGAAACUCGUUGAACUCGAAGAUUCUUCAGAUAGCGAAGCCGAGGAGUUGUUGCCUGGCAGCAAACUGAAAGGACGGAAGACUACCUCUCAAUCUCAUACCAAGGACUCCGAGUCCAACGUCAAGGACUCGUCCCAUCCAGACGUAAUGCAAUCAGAUGCCGGGGACUCGUGCUAUCGGGCCAAGACAAUGAUAUCUACCGAUAACUGCUUUCAUGCAAAGCCUGUACAACUCAUCGGAGUUCUCAAAGACCCUGUCUCCCGUAAACGUAAAUUCCAAGAGAGCGAAUGGCCACCUCGUCGCCGCCGCACGUACAGGCAUAUCUCUCCCAGCCAGGAUAUCAAUGCGCUCCAAGCUUUUAGAACUUUUCCUGCCGCUGUCGCAGUGGCAAAAGCAAACACCACGAAGUAG